AUGGCCUCCCAGCGGGUGUAUAUUGCAAUCAUUGGCGCCGGUGGUGUCGGGAAGUGCUUCCUCGGCCAGCUCGCCGAUCUCGCCGCUCGCCGCCCAGCUACCCACCUCAGCCUCUGCUACAUCACGACCAGCAAAAAGGCCGUCUACAGUAAGGACUACAGCGACAUCAGCAUCACCGGCGCCGUUGAUAGCCUCGCCGCCUCGACCCAGACUCCGCUCGCCAUCCCGGCCCUCGCCGACUACCUCGCUGCUGCCCCGGCCAAGGUCGUCCUCGUCGACAACACUAGCUCACAGGAUGUCGCCGACGCUUACCCGCUGAUCCUCAGCCGCGGUAUCAGCAUCGUGACGCCCAACAAGAAGGCCUUUACCGGCUCGUACAAGCACUGGCAGGACAUCUUCUCGUCGGCAGCCAACUCGGGCGCCAAGGUCUACCACGAGGCCUCGUGCGGUGCCGGCCUGCCGCUCAUCUCCACCGUCAAGGACCUCGUCGACACCGGUGAUCAGAUCACCAAGGUCGAGGGCAUCUUCAGCGGUACUCUGUCGUUCCUGUUCAACUCCUUUGCGCCCGCCAAUCCCUCAGGCGCCGCCGCCGGCAAGUGGUCCGCUGAGGUCUCCAAGGCCAAGGCGCUCGGCUACACCGAGCCCGAUCCGCGCGACGACCUCAACGGCAUGGAUGUCGCCCGCAAGUUAACCAUCUUGGCUCGUCUGGCGGGUCUGCCUGUCGAGUCACCCACGGCUUUCCCCGUGGAGAGCCUAAUUCCCAAGGAGCUCGAGUCGGUGACCAGCGGCGACGAGUAUCUCGAGAAGCUGCCACAGUUUGAUUCGCAGAUGGAGGAGCUCAAGGCCGCUGCCGAGAAAGAGGGCAAGGUUCUGCGAUAUGUGGGCAGUGUCGAUGUGACGACCCAGACACUCAAGGUCGGCCUCCAGUCGUUUGACCGGUCGCAUCCCUUCGCCGCGCUUAAGGGCAGCGACAACAUCUUCAGCUUCCACACCAAACGGUACGGCAGCAACCCUCUCAUCAUCCAGGGCGCCGGCGCUGGUGGUGAGGUGACGGCCAUGGGUGUGACGAGCGAUCUGAUCAAGGUCCUCUCCCAGAUUGCAUAA